AUGCCCUCUAAAAUCACAGAGGCCGAAUGGGCCGCUGCAAAGCCAGAUAUUAAGUACCUCUAUCUUACCCUCAAUAAACCAUUGAAGGAUGUAAGGUCGGAGAUGAACCGGAGGGAAUUCGAAGCUACGGAAAGCCAGUAUCGCACCCAGUUCAAGAAAUGGGGCCCGAAAUGGAUCAAGAACAGCAAAGUGGAAGAUAUGGAAAUGCUUUCGGUUUUGGUAGAGCAGAGAAAGGGUGAUGGUAAAGAAAGCAAUGUCUUCGAAUGGGGCAAGCUCCUAGAGAAGGGGGAGGUAAAGAAGAGAAUCUCGAAGAGUACUCCCAACACUCUCCGACGAUUAGAACUUAUCGGAAACCCCAAACUUCCAGCACAAUUCGUUGUCCGAACGCCAAUGGAGGAUCGUACCUUCUCACUUACUCAUGAUCUUCCCUUUUUCCAAUUCGAAAAAGCCAUUUGCGAUAACACGUCGGCUUCUAAUCUUGUUCCCAACAUGAUGGUCGACCCCCGACUUCUCACAGACCAACAAGCAGCCCCCGCAAACGCCCUGGUACUACGGCAGAAGAGCAUCGAGGAUGCCUCCCAGUAUUAUAGUUCCGCGGGCGAGAUUAUUCUCACCACCGAUACCGCGGCUCUAAACGCUUUGGGCUCCAUCAUCCCCUGUAUGGUCCACCAGACACCUGUCCUUGAUCCGCCGUUAUACCGCCAAAUCCUACACUCCGCCGGGAACAACUUCUCUGGGCUUAGUUCCUUUCCAGUUGAACAGAUCUUGCAAAUUCUCAAGGCAACUACUAGUACAGACCUCUACCCACUGAUUCUUUCUCCGUCAAGACAUUCCAGCCGCUACUCCGCUCGUUCUAUUGCACUGAGCCUUCUUAAGGGGGCUAUCGAAACAGGAGAUUCGGUAACUGCGAAGGCUAUACUUUCGAACAAGUCUUUGGCGAUUGAUGUCAAUCGACAAAGUUACUUCACUUGGGGACGUCAAUAUACCCUCAUUGAAAGAGCCUCAACAUUACGGCACAAGAACCUCAUUGAUGUUCUAUUAAACGAAGGCGCAGAUGUAAACAAAACAUACCAAUGCAAUAGCUGUUGUGGGCUUGCUCGCUCACGGAUAUGUUACUUCUUGCAUGGCGCAUUGCAACACGCGAUUGACGGAUAUAAUUUUAUGAGGUCUAGGUCCGAAAUGGAUACUGAAAUUAUCCAGAUGCUACUAGAUGCUGGAAGUUCUGUCCAGUUGAAGACGGUUGGCGAACUCUUCAGACUGGGACAGGAUGGCAUAGCUCUCCAAGUUGCCCCUAAGCUUUUAUUAACAGGCAAAGGGUUAGCUCAUGAACUAAGGCAUGCGAUCACACAUUUUGAUAAAGAUAUCCUAGUGCAUCUUUUUCACAUUUUACAUUACAAAGGCAUAGAUCUUACGCAUAAGGGUAUAUUUGUGGCAGCUAUCAAGUCAAUGGAUAAGGAGAAGGCCUGGGUAUUAGCCGAGGCCUUAUUAGACUGCGGUGCGUUUCUUGAUCCUGCUGUUCUGCGCUGUCUUGUUCGGAGGGUUCUAUACGCAUUUGCUAGAGAUAAAUCUGGAGUCCGUAUUGCAGAACGCAUACGGGGUAUUAAUACUCCCGUAGAGACAGCAGUUGCAGAUAAACUUGACAUCUUGUGCACCAGAUGGAUAGCGGCAGUCAGCAAAGUUGAUACAGAGCUUAUCAUAGAGCUGAUUGAGGAGUUGAAGAACUUGAAUAUUCCAAUCACAACCUUCAAAUUUUUCUACCACGCUCUCAUGGAGGUAUCAAGGGUUGGAGAUUACGAGGCUGCGAGCAUGCUACUUAAUCACAUUAUACAGCUUGACUUACGGAUAGGUAAUCAGGUCUUUCAUGACGCGCUUUCUGAGGCUAUUCGAGGAGGUAAUGAAAGCCUUAUAGAAUUAAUUCUUGAGCUUAACUCCAAGCCAUACAUUAAAAUACGGGAUUAUCAUGAGGUGGUAGCUGCUCACUACAUGCUCGAAGUCCCCACCAACCCAGAAUCUCUCUAUCCUACUAGGGAAGCUGAAUUCACGUCAUUUUUUGAUAUUGGGGAUAAAAGCGUGGAUAAAAGCGUGGUAAUACUUGCGGCUUCGCUAGGUAAGGAGGCGAUAGUUCGGACUUUGUUAACGUCGGGACAACAGUGCGACCUCAAUAGUGCCAUAGAUGCGAAUAAUAUCUGGCUAGCAUCAUUGCUACUCGAAGAAUAUUCAGGUGUAGUCAACUUGAAUAGCUUUGAAUAUUGCAUUCGACAUCGGAACCUCGAUAUGGCCAGACUACUCAUUUCCUAUGGCGCAGAUCCCCAUGCAUCAUGUACGGUCAUUCAAAGGAGUCAGUCGGAAUGUAGACCACUUUUCGAACUAUUCUUUAAAGCAAACGACGAUGUAUGCUACGGGAAAAAACAACGGUCGAUGUCGUGCGCAUUUGCUAGUGUUAUUCGGAGUCGUGACGAAUCUGGAGUAAAAUACUUAUUGGAUCAAGGGGUUGAUCCAAAUAAAUUCCUUCACCGCGAGAAAUGUGCCGACAAGAAUUAUAGCCCUGACGGCGCCAUAAGCCCAUUUGGAGAAGCGAUUGGCGUGAGCCGAACUGGGAGCUUGUCUUUGGUAGAGCUGUUCUUGAAGGCUGGUUGCGAUCCUAACGGCAUAGUCGCAGAGUCAUCAUUCGACCCCCAGUGCAAGCUUUAUAUCGCAGUUCCUCGAAGAAUCACAGCUUUCCUUGCAGCUAUUGGCACAAGAAAUAUUCAAAUGGUGGACUUAUUCAUGCGGAAUGGUGCCAUCAUCAAUCCCACUAUGACCGGUAGUAUUAAACGUACGCCGUUGCAGCGGGCGGCCGAGAUUGGAUGCUUUGAGAUGGUAGAGUUGCUGCAUAACUUUGGCGCCGACAUCAAUGCACUGCCGACCGUUAAUGGUGGCGCGACCGCCCUCCAACUGGCUGCGAUCGGCGGCUAUAAUCGCAUAGUCUGCUAUUUGCUCAGUCACAAAGCCAAUGUCAAUGCCCCGGCGGCCAUGCUUAACGGGAUGACAGCUCUCGAAGGAGCUGCUUUUUGGGGGCGGACGGAUACAGUACAUAUACUCUUAAAGGCGGGCGCAGCAUCGCGCGGUAAAGAUCGCUCGCAGCUCCAGAAAGCAAUGAAAAUGGCACGCGAGGAGGGCCAUUUCCCGACAGCCGAUUUAAUCCAAGACUGGCCUAAUCUAGAGGACGAUGGAGAGUUACGGAUGCUUGAUGAAGUCGAAGAGUUCAGCGACUUCAUAGAUUGGGAUGGAGAGGCCUAGAUGGGUAAUCACCUCAGAGAGUUGUCAUGUUGAGGUUUGUUCAAGUCCAAUAAAGAUUAUUAUCGGUGCCAGCAUGUAACCUGUUUUA